AUGAAUGUCCUAGAAAAAACCAUCGAAGGAAAUAUUAACGAAUGGGAUAAAUUCUUACCGUCAGUACAACUGUCAAUAAACAAUAAGACAAGUAAAAGGACGAACACACCGCCUUUUACCAUAAUGUUCGGUCGUAAGCUUAAUGAGUUUGCUGACUACUCAAAUGAGGACAUUAAAAAAGAAAUGACGGAAGAAGAAAUACAAGAAAGAAUAAAACAAAUGAAUGAAGUGGUAUUUCCAGCAAUCUACGAAAAAACCGUAGAGGUAAUUAAGAAGCAAAAGAAAGACUUUGACGGAAAAAAUAAAUCUUUCACUUUUCCAAAUGGAAGUCAUGUCAUGAUUAAAGUCAGACAACGCACAAAAUUUGGACCUAGAUACACUGGGCCAUAUGAAGUGAUCAAAAUGUGUGGUAUUUGGACUAAUAAAUGGCACAUCAAUAAGUCAUUAUACAUAAAGAACAAUUAA